GUUUGCUGCUGGGAGCCAGUCGAGCAGCGGAGGACACUUUCUCCUCUUCCUGUUCUUCACUCCAUCAUGCUCUCUGCUUCGGCUGCGCUCUGGCUCUAAAACAAAACGGGCAGGUGAACCAACAUAACCCCAUGAGUUUGAGUUGGGCUGUCGAUGAGUAGGAGCUCUAUGAGGAUCGAGAGUUAAAGACCGAGCACCUGAGGCUGCUGGUGAGCUCGUUGCAUCGCUUUCAGCUUUACCCAGAUCCCAUCUCAGCCUAAUCCCAUCAUCCUCUUCUUCAUCCAUCCCUCUCGCUGCCCGUGGGAACCCAGCAUCGCCAUGUCCACCUUUGCCCCUUUCCUCCUCUUCCUCCUGCUCCUCUCCCCGCUGCCUCCCUGCCAGCCGGAGUCGCAGCGCAGUGACCCCAGCGCUGACCCCAGUCUGAGGGCCGCUCUGCCCUCCUCCUAUCCUUCCUCCUUCUCUCCAUCCCUGGCUUAUGGGAACAGCACCGCCCCUGCCCUCAAGGAUAAGUGUAACCAGGAGACGGUGUGUGAACCGGGAAUUCUGCUGCCCGUCUGGAAGCCGGAUAAUCCUGGGCUCGGUUAUCAGGUGGCCAGAGCCGUGGUCUACUUUGUUUCUCUCAUGUACAUGUUCCUGGGAGUGUCCAUCAUCGCAGACCGCUUCAUGGCGUCCAUAGAGGUCAUCACAUCGCAGGAGAAGGAGGUGACCAUCACCAUGCCUAACGGGGAAACAUCCGUGGCAACGGUUCGAAUCUGGAACGAAACUGUCUCCAACCUGACUCUAAUGGCUCUGGGCUCCAGCGCUCCGGAGAUCCUGCUGUCUGUGAUAGAGGUGUGUGGUCACAAAUUCGAAGCAGGUCAGCUUGGACCGGGCACCAUUGUUGGAAGCGCCGCCUUCAACAUGUUUGUGAUCAUCGGGAUCUGUGUAUGGUCAAUCCCGGUAGGCCAAUCGCGGAAGAUCAAACACCUCAGGGUGUUCUUCAUCACUGCCUUCUGGAGCAUCUUCGCCUACAUAUGGCUCUACCUCAUUCUGGCUGUUAUUUCACCAAGCGUGGUGGAGGUCUGGGAGGCCCUGGUGACGCUUCUGUUCUUCCCGGUUUGCGUCCUCCUGGCCUGGAUCGCCGACCGCCGUCUGCUCUUCUACAAAUACAUGGGCAAACGCUACCGAGCCGACAAGCGCCAUGGCAUCGUCGUGGAAACCGAGGGGGACUUGACCCCUACCAAAGGCGGCAUGGAGAUGAUAAUGGAUGGCAAGCUGCCACCCCGAGGAAGCGCAGUGGUCCCUGCUGAGAACGGCGGGGGCGGUGCUCAGGAUGGCACGGCGGGCGCCACGGCGAACAACAUCAGUGCUGCGGCGGGAGCCAGGGGCAACCUGCCAAACUCCAACAGCACCACCGUGAAUGUGGAGAGCAGCAGGGAGCUGGAUGAGAGCCGCAAGGAGAUGAUUCGCAUCCUGAAGGAGCUGAAGCAGAAAUAUCCGGACAAAGAACUGGACCAACUCAUGGAGCUGGCCAACUACUACGCCCUGCUUCACCAGCAGAAGAGCCGCGCCUUCUACCGCAUACAGGCGACCAGGAUGAUGAUCGGAGCUGGAAAUGUCCUGAAGAAGCAUGCCGCCGACAACGCCCGCCGGGUGGUGGUGGCUGACGAGGAGGAGGAUGAAGAGGAUGACCUGGCUGUCUGCAGCCACAUCUCCUUUGAGAGCGCCCACAGUCAGUGCAUGGAGAACUGUGGCGUCCUCACUCUGGCUGUGGUCUGUCAAGUAUCUGUUGGAAUAAUCGACGACGACAUAUUCGAGGAAGAUGAGCACUUCUUCGUCCGUCUGCUCAACCUGAGGGUCGGUGACGCCGAGGGGAUGUUCGAAAGCGAUGAGGUGGGCACCGCCCCCAAAGCUCGCCUGGUUGAGCCCCUGGUUGCCACGGUGACCAUCCUGGACGAUGACCACGCCGGCAUCUUCACCUUCAGCGAGCGCAUGGUGCGCGUGAGCGAGAGCGUGGGCACCAUGGAGGUGACAGUGGUGCGGAACUCAGGAGCCCGAGGCACCGUCAUCCUGCCGUACCACACCGAGUCGGGCACCGCCAAGGCGGGGGACGACUACGAGGACGCGAGGGGGGAGCUGGAGUUCACCAAUGACCAAACCACUCAGAUCCUCCAGGUGAGGAUAAUCGAUGAUGAAGAGUAUGAAAAACGCGAAAACUUCUUCAUCGUGCUAGAGGAGCCACGCUGGUUAAAGAGAGGAAUCUCUGCACUGCUGCUCAACCAAGAGGCAGCAGAGGGUCAGCUGAGUGCUGAGGAAGAGGAGGCCCGGAGGAUCGCUGAGAUGGGGAAACCCAUCCUGGGGGAGCACAGCCGCUUAGAGGUGGUCAUUGAAGAGUCCUAUGAGUUCAAGAGCACCGUCGACAAGCUCAUUAAGAAGACCAACCUGGCGCUGGUUAUCGGCACACACUCCUGGAGGGAACAGUUUGUGGACGCCGUCACUGUCAGCGCAGGUGACGGUGAUGAUGAUGAGGAAGGGCGUGAAGAACGUCUGCCUUCCUGUUACGACUACUUCAUGCAUUUCCUCACCGUCUUCUGGAAGGUUCUGUUUGCCUGCGUCCCACCAACAGAGUACUGGAACGGCUGGGCCUGCUUCAUCGUGUCCAUCAGUGUUAUCGGUUUCCUCACCGCCAUCAUUGGUGACUUGGCGUCCCACUUUGGCUGCACUGUGGGGCUGCGGGACACCGUGACCGCCGUGGUGUUUGUGGCUCUGGGAACCUCAAUCCCAGACACCUUUGCCAGCAAAGUGGCUGCCAUGCAAGAUCAGCAUGCCGAUGCGUCUGUUGGGAACGUCACCGGCAGCAACGCGGUCAACGUGUUCCUGGGGAUCGGCGUGGCGUGGUCUGUGGCCGCCAUCUACUGGCAGAUCCAGGGAAAAAAGUUCAUCGUGGACCCUGGUUCGCUGGCCUUCUCUGUAACCCUCUUCACCAUUUUCGCUUUCGUCUGCAUGGCCGUGCUGCUCUUCAGGCGCCGGCCCUCCAUCGGCGGGGAGCUGGGUGGCCCCAGGGUUCCCCGCCUGCUGACCACCAUGCUGUUCUUUGGCCUCUGGUUGCUCUACAUCUUCUUCUCCAGCCUGGAGGCCUACUGCCACAUCAAGGGCUUUUAAUAACCGAAUGUUUCAGAGGCGUACUGGCCAGAAACACAAACAGCCUGUAAACUCUGACCUCCCCCCCGGUUCACACCUUCAACGAUUCAACGAGUUUAAAACGGCUCAAUGAAGCCAGGAUGCUUCCUGGUCUUUGCAGAAAUACAACAGAUACAUGUUCAUAUGUAAAGAGAUCAUUUUGAUGCAGCUACUGGGAUUAUAAGAGAAAUAACUGAGUCAACAUGUUGCUGGUUAAGAGAAAAUUGAGCAGGGCUGUGAUGUUGGGCCCUAUCAUCACACCCACUUGGGUUUACUGUGGAUCAGAGACAUUUUUAAACAUGAUGAAGAAAAAUAAUUCCGUCCUGUCGCCUCUCGUCUGCAGCGACUCCACAUGUUUUACACUGAGGAGGUGGAGCACUGUGUGAAAAAAAAAAACGAGUCAAAUGUUUACAAAAAAAACGCUAAAAUUACACGUUUACCGCAGGAGGUCCUCUUGAUGUGAAGGCAGUCCUCCUCAUGCGCUGUAAAUAGACACUGAAAAUACAUACAGAGGAUGAAAAAUAUCUCCAUAAAUGUGAUUAUUUAGCAGAACACUGAGAAGGGAGUUGAGGUCUUUUUCAAAAACUCAAAAGAGGACUUGAGCAUCAAACAUCUUUAACAUCUUUAGCUCAGAAAACAUUCUCGUUACCGACCCCUCUCUGUCAGAGGAGCGUUUUGCAUGCAACAGCAGAUGGAAAGCAUCCUCAACAAACUUACUGUAUGUUAAAAAGGGAAUAACCACAAUCCAUCUGCUGCUCCUCGAUUCCUUACAUUCCUCUCAGAUGGAUCGACUCUUAAGGUGUAAAACUUGCUGCAUGGUGACCGACAGGCCUAUUUCUGCAGCAUUUAACCUGUAAUAACUACAGACACCUCGGCACAUGCAGUCCAUCGAGACAACAGUAUUAGUUGACAGAAAUUAAGUUCAUAGAGUCGCUAAAAUAGAAGGUGGUUGUUUAGAAACUGAUCCCACCUUUCAACGCUUUUCUAUUGGUCCACAUGAUUACGGUCUGCAGCACACAAUGUACUAAACAACAGAUGCCUUAAGGGAAUAAAAAUCACAUUUAAAUGUGGUAUUCAAACUUUUAGCUGUACAAAACGCCCAGCUUUUCCUCACUUCUAGUGUUACGCUUGAUUUAGUUGUGUGCAAUAUAUAAAACUGGUUCUGCUGUCUAAUGUAACACUGGAUCUUGAUGUUUCAGGUCAGGUAGGAAAAGAUGUAUGAAGAACAACAUGCUUUACGGGCCUGGAAAUACUUUUGUCUUCAGUAACCAAAAGAGAAAAUGUGUCAUAUAGUUUCCUGUCAACAGCAGAGAGCGUCAGUGUUCAGAGCAGCGAUCAGGACCUUCGUCUCUCAUCUGAAACAGGAAGUCCUUGGUGAUUUCACUCAGUGAUGUUUGUAGAGUCUUGAACUUCUGCAUACUGAGUGCUGACCUCAGAGGGAAGUGGAGGAUGCCGCCCUGCAGGGCGCGCGUGUGUUGCUCAGUAUUUUAAUGCAGACUUUAAACAAGUCAGAGUGAAGCUACUGAAACUACCGGCUGCUAAACAGACUGUAGAAAAUAACCAGAAAUAUAAACUAGGAGGUACGAAACCCCGGAGGUGUCUAAGAAAAAAAACUCCUCAAAUUAAUGGUGACAUUUCAACACUGUCAUUUGAGGGUUUUGUCUUUCAGAUUGAGGAAGAUGAGAAGUUAAUGUGUGAGAAAUAUUUAUAAACAGUGAACCAUGUGAGGCAUCUGCAGACGUUAAUAAUGAAAUUAUGAACUUGCUUCGAUUAACAGCUUCAAUUGAUGUGAUAAGUACUUUUGGAUUAAUUUUUGGUGUUUCUUGCAUUAUCAAACUUCACCUUAAUUGCUAAGUCAUUAGUGUUAUUAUAGCAUAGUUAACCCGAAAAAAAAACUUUGUAAACUUUCUAAAACAGAUUUUGUAUCUUUUCCUUGCAGGUGAAGCCAAGGUCGAUUUUUUCUAUAUUAUUAUAACAUUCAGAUUAGCUUCUGUAUGUAAAACAAACAGACACCUUAUUUCAUUAAUUAGUCAAUUAGAUUUUAAUAUAUUCUUCACACCGUGAAAAUUAUCCAAACAUUCCCACAUCUCAUUUACCCGGUAUGGAAGUCUGAAACUGCCAAAAUCAAGUAAAAAAAUAAAUGAAUACAUACAUGAAUUUAUUAACACAAAAUGUUAAAGAUAUAGUUUAAAAACGUUACUAUAUUUUCAUUAUCUUUAUAUUUCUUGGAGUUUUCCUAUUAAAUUCCCUUAAAUUAUCAAUGUUAAAUCGGCUGUAUUAAAGUUUUAAUCCUGUACAGAAUGAAAGCAACAACAACAACAAAAAAACAGAUAAUGUGAUAAACAGAGUAAUCAAAGUUUGACUGGAAUAAAUGUAGAAUAAGUUAUCAAAGGAAAUUUAAUAUGAUUUGGUUUCUCUGGAGAGAGAUUGUUUCAUAUGGAAAUGGGUUUGAAUAAGUUGGGAUAGAGUUAUAUUUGGCUAGAAGAGUCUGAAACAGUUAAUUUAAAAUCACUCUUAAGUGGUCAUUGUUUGUUUUGUCUGAAAUGAGGAAGCUGUUCUGAAAGGCAUUUAAUUAAUCUGAAACAAACCUGGGAUUAUUUUAGUUUCUCUGAAGACUGUUUAAAUUUAAUCUGAUUGGAAUCAGUUUGGUUGGUCCAGAAAUGCUUUGGAACAAAUUUGGAUUUAUCCGUAGGAUAUUAGUUGUUGUCAACUCUGCUCCUCAGAGCCUGUUGGCCUGCCUUUAGCUCAGAUGGCUGCAGGGAAACACCUGAACAUGCAGGGCAUUUGGUCCUGAGGUUUAAAACUAGAUUUACUGUAUAAAGCCUUUUUCUUAUCCAGUUUGGAUCUUAAAUAUAGUCUGCAUGUUGUAACUUGGUUUAAACUUGGCUGGAAAAGAUACCCUUGCCUGGUACCACUUUGGAAUGAGAUUAGUUAGUCUUUAAAACAUUUGGAAAAAGUUUUAUUUGAGUGGAAAUAUCCUGGAACAAGUGUGGUUUGUCUGGUACCAGACAGGAAUGUGUUAAUUGAUUCUGGUUAACAGUCUGCAAAUGGAGGUGGAACUAGCUUGGAAAAGGUACAGUUUGUCUAAUCCCAGUCUGGAAGACGUCAAGAUGGUCUCGAAACAACAUGGAAAGAGUUUAAAUUUGGAUGGCGGGAUACAGAAAAUCCUUCCUGCCUACAGCUAUGAACACCUGGUUAAAAUAAAACCCAGGUGUUACUGUAUUAUUUAAUUCCCCUUUAGGACUAAUGAAGGGUGUUUGAAUAACAUUGAAUUUUGGUGGAACUAGCUUGAAGGAGGGGAAGAUUUUCUGUUUGUGUUCUUGGGUAAGUUUAGACGGUCUGAAACAUCUAGAAAGAAUGAAAAGCUGUGGAUCGGAUGGUACCAGUGUGGAAUCAGCUUAGUUUGUCUUGAAACAGACAGGAAAGAGGGUUGUUUGUUAAAACUAGCCUGGAAAAGAUGUGGUUUGGAUGGUAUCAGCAUGUAAUGGGUUCGGCUUAUCCAGAAUGAUCUUGAUUUGUCCGAGUUUGGUUUGUCUAGAAUCAAUCUAAAUUAUUUUAGCUGUUUAUUAUUGGCUGGAUUUACUAUGUUUAACCUUUAUUUGGUCUCAAAUACGUUUUAAAAAAGAGUAAAAACAUUUAGUAAAACUUUGUGACCUUACUUUCCCAGUAAAUGAAAGAUAGACAUUUUAAUUCAACGAGUCAUUAAAGGAAGGACAGUAAAGGAAUAUAUCUUCUCUUAAAAACUGUCAGUAACUAUCUGAAUCUCUGAUAAACUUGGAGGGGAAAAACUAGUGGAAUCCUAAUAUUCUGCUGAAGCUUAGAAACCAUUAUGAGAUAAUUCUGAUAGAGAAUCUUGAAUUCUGUUUGAGUAAAACUAAAAGCUCAGUUUUGCUGAUUUUAUUUUAAGCCACUGCUGAACAAACUUGUAACGUUAGAAGUCGAUCUUUCCUUGGAAUGAAAAUGUGUGUCUCAUUAAGAUCUGCAUGAAUCAAGGUUUAAUUAACAAUAGUUACUGCUUACAUUAAAUGCACUGGAAAAACGAUCCAGAAAUAACUAAAAAUUCCUUAAAUUAAAUGUAUUUACCCUUAAUUUGAGUAUGUAAAUGAGAUAGUUUUACUCUUUAAAUAAGUAGAUAACAUACACUUGAAA